GACAAUGCCCUCUGGUCGACUGCUUGUCGUCUUCGUAGCGAUAUCUCUCUUCCUGUCCGUCCGAGCCGUCUCCAACAAGGUCCUGAACGUUAGCUUCCCUAGCACUCCUCCUGACACAUCAAGGAAUAUCGUCCAUGAUAAUUUCUUCGGUAUUUCGUGGGAGCUGUACCCGCUCAACUAUCUAUGGGGCGAAUCACCUGAUGCCAUGCCCAGCGCAAUGAAAAAUUAUCUUUCAAACAUACGUGCUCGUAUGUCAACGCCAUUGCGUAUUCGCAUCGGUGGGAAUAGCAUGGACGGUUCUCAGUAUGUUCCUGGCCAGAAAAACAUGAUUACGAUUACGGACGAGAAUGCGAAUUUCAACGAUGUGCCAGUCGAUUUUGGACCCGUACUAUUUGAUGUUCUAAAUGCCAUGGCGGACACUGUUGGGGAAAUGCAGUUCAUACUCGGACUGAGCAUGCGUAAUCCCGACGCGGAUGACAACGUCAUUGAACUUGCUGCAGCUUCAUGGCAAAAACUGGGAAAUCGCUUGGACGCGUUGUUGUUAGGGAACGAACCAGAUCUUUAUGCGGGGCACGGUGAUAUCCAAGGAUACACGAUCCAGCAGUACAUUUUAGAUGUCGGAGAUGUCUACAAUGAUCUAGGGAAUUCCGUCUACGGCAACUUGACGAAUACGACGAUUAUUGGUGGGCCAACAAUCUGCUGCGCGUGGCCAUUGGAUGACGUGUUAAAUGCGGGCUUGAUCAAGUUCCCGUACAAGUAUUUCACGAUUCAGCACUACCCAACACAUGUCUGCGGUGGAUCAACAGCAGCGAGCUCAAACAUCACCUAUUAUAUUUCCCACGUGAAUGUGUCCCCAUUCCUUCGAUGGAACGACGAAGGAAUUGAACUGGCAAGAGAAGCUGGUGUGCCUAUGCUACUCACUGAAUAUAACUCUGCCUCUUGCGGUGGUGAUCCUAGCGUUGCUCCUACGUUCGCUGCGUGUCUUUGGGCUAUAGAUACUGCUUUACAAGGAGCAGCGCUCAAUUUUACCGGCAUGUACCUGCAUACUCGGGAGAUUGGUGUUACAUAUAAUCUCUUCGAACCACCGUCUAAGGAUGCGUCGCUAGAUAGCAACUGGCAUACCGGAGCCAACUACUACUCAUUGCUCGUGCUCGCUGAGUCUAUUUCGAACUCGACAUCUAUCGUUGUUGAUCUGAACAUUGAUAACUCGACGACCAACAACGCCUCGAGCGUUGCUGCCUAUGGUAUUUACGACGGAGACGCACGCAACCGCAGCAAGCUGGUAUUCUUUAACUACGAUUACCCUCGGGCAGGCGGGAACAGCUCCGACGCAAUCCAAUCAUUUGUAAUCCCCGCAAAUCUCACGUCCACUGUUGGCGUACGCUACCUUCUUGCAGCUAACAUUACCGAGCAGACUGCGAUUAGUUGGGCGAAUCAGACCGUAGGCGAGAAUGGUGUUUUGCAAGGUACACAGACUAUGGAGAUCGUCAACUGUACGGAAGGUUGCAGUGUAAAAGUUCCUGGUCCCGGACUUGCCGUCGUUUGGCUGGAACCCCAGAGCGAGUUGCAGUCUUCGAGCAUUUACUCUGGUAACUCGACGGUUGCUGGUGAUUCCCCAGUUUCCCACACCACGUCUGGCUCAAUCGUGACACGGAGAUAUAAUCUUCAUUUGGUGUUCGGUGUGGUGUUCACAAUUGUUAUCGGGCUGGCCUUCUAAAGUUGCGGUCGCUGUUUUUUGCUUGCGGACACAAGGACAUUUGGAAUUUUGAGUUGCGUGAAACUCAUUAAAUUUUAUGGUGCAUCUUUGCUCUCCCCAACUCUGUAUCCGGAUACAUUCACAUUUCCGCUUCCUUCCUUUUUUUGCUGUCCUCUCGCUCAUUCAUAAAUAUAUAUACCCAAGGUUAGAGGCAACUCUCUUAUCCUCAUCUAGAGCCAUAGUUCUCUGUAAUCAUUUCAAAUAAAUUAAAAUAUACAUAUCUC